UUGACGUCACUUUCCCUCGACGCCCGAAGCAGGAAACUCUUUCCGCCGGUUCGUUCUGUUGUGACCAGCGUGUCCGUACGUCAUUCUCCCACGAACAAAAAUGUACUACAAAUUCAGCGGUAUAACACAGAAGCUUGCGGGGUCUUCUUCGUCGACGGCCUACGCCCCCCAGGGUUUGAGGCCAGUCGUACCAGCCGAAUCAUCAACCAUGAUCUUUGCCACACCCACCAAAGUGGUGUCAGAAGCAGGACCCGUGGUGGAGUACUUGGGGGCCAACAAGGUGCCCGACUUUCAGAGGAUAUUCCAGACGUCGGACAAUAUCCCCGUUCACCUGAAGCGCGGCGUCCCUGACCGGCUGUUGUACCGCACCACCAUGGCCCUGACUGUAGGGGGCGCUCUCUACUGCCUGGUGGCGCUCUACAUCGCCGCUCAGCCCAGAAACAAGUGACCACCAUCACCCAAUCUGGUCCCCACUUGACACUUUUUCGCCAUGUUUUCCACCCAGCGGCCCGGUUCGGUACGGUUUAGCAUAACACGAUGACCCGCUCGUCACUCAAAGACUGCCAAAAAUGGAAUCGUUCCAAAGUGGUGAACUGCACCGUUUGGUGGAAACAGGGCGUGUGACAUGUUGCUGCUCAGCAGGUCAACCCAACAACGAGCCUCCUUUUUCCCGUCGAUGAUAACUCUUGCAAAUUUAUGUCGCACAAACAAAACAAUGUCCCAUUUUCUUUAGUACAAAAGAAGAUAUUUAAUUCAAUAAAUGUGAUCGCAGAUAACC